CGUCGCGCUACAGGAGUAUGUGCAUGGACUGGGUGAAUGUGUGAAGUUCAACUUCUUGCACGUUUUCGCCUCACCCAGAAAGGUAACGAAGUGAGAGAUCGCGCAAAGGAGUCAUGUGGAGUUAUAUGGGCAGUUGCUUCCCAAUAGUUUGCCUAAUUUUGACAUUUUGGACUGAGGUGUGCCGGUCGUCCGGUUAUUUCGAACUGCAGUUAUUAAGCGUUGAGAACAAAAACGGGGAACUGGCGAGUGGAGAGUGUUGCGACGGGCCGAGGAACGUGCAGGACCGUAGGUGCAGUGAGGAUGAGUGCAACACCUACUUUAAAGUGUGCCUAAAGGAAUAUCAGGUGGAGGUCACUACCUCUGGUUACUGCACCUUCGGAACAGGUUCCUCUACUGUUCUCGGUGGGAAUUCGUUUCAGGUCAAGGGACUCAGUAAUAACCCGAACAAGGCCUCUGAUGUUGGAACCAUUGUUAUUCCGUUUCAGUUUGCAUGGCCGCGGGCGCACACCCUAAUUGUCGAGGUAUGGCACUGGGACAACAGCACAACCAGAAAUGAGGAGGAAAGCUUGCUGAUUGAGCGGAGUGUGUAUCGAGGAGAGAUGAACCCUGGCGACGAGCUGCAGGUCAUCCAGCACAACGGCCUCACGGCGAGCUUGCGCUACAGUGUGCGUGUGCGAUGCGACCGCUAUUACUACGGCAACAAAUGCAACAAGCAGUGUCGUCCGCGUGACGACUACUUUGGCCACUAUGAGUGCGAUCGCCUUGGCAACCAGCAGUGCUUGGAGGGCUGGACCGGCCCGGACUGCAAGAAAGCCAUCUGUAAGCUGGGCUGCAGUGAGCUUCAUGGAACAUGUAGCGUCCCGGGACAGUGCACGUGUAAGUACGGCUGGCAGGGCCCUCUGUGUGACGAGUGCGUGCCGUAUCCGGGCUGUGUCCACGGCACCUGCACCAAUAAAUGGGAGUGCAUCUGUGAGAAGAACUGGGGAGGUCUUCUCUGCAACAAAGACCUGAACUACUGCGGCAGCCAUCGGCCGUGCGUGAACGGGGGUGCGUGUAUGAACACGGAACCUGAUGAGUACCACUGCGUCUGCCCGGAGGGCUACUCUGGCAAAAACUGUGAGAGAGCGGAGCAUGCAUGCAUGUCUAAUCCGUGUGCUAAUGGUGGCACCUGUCAUGAGGUUGCGGCUGGCUUCGAGUGUCACUGUCCCCUGGGCUGGGCAGGUCCUACCUGUGCUGAAGAUAAAGACGAGUGUAUGUCUGACCCGUGCACGCACGGCGGAACCUGCAUCGAUCUGGAAAAUGGCUUCGACUGUGUCUGCCCUCCCCAGUGGACAGGGAAGACCUGUCAGAUAGAUGUGAAUGAGUGCGUGGGGAGGCCUUGUCUAUACUCAUACUCUUGUAAAAAUCUGAUUGGUGGAUAUCACUGUGCCUGCCACCCGGGCUGGGCGAGACUGAACUGUAACAUCAAUGUCAACACCUGCUACGGCCAGUGUCAGAACAGCGGCACAUGCAAGGACGGUCACCAUGGCUAUGAGUGCCAGUGCCUGCCAGGGUUUGUGGGUCGGCACUGUGAGGUGCAGAGUAGCCAGUGCGCCAGUUCUCCAUGCCGGAACGGUGGGCAGUGCCACUCGCUGCCUGCUUCUUACGUGUGCCAGUGUCCGCACGGAUACACGGGGUCCAACUGCGAGGUGCUGGUAGACUCAUGCACCCCUAACCCCUGCCAGAAUCAAGCCCAGUGCCGUGCCCUCCCGGGGGACUUCUACUGUGACUGCUCUGAUGAGUAUGAGGGCAAGACUUGCGGUCAACUGCGAGACCAUUGCAAGACCAGCACAUGCAGAGUGAUAGACAGCUGUACUAUCGCCGUGGCAACCAACGCCACAGACACAGGUGUGUGGCACAUCUCCUCCAAUGUGUGUGGGCCUCAUGGUCGCUGUAUCAGCCAAUCAGGAGGCAACUUCACCUGUGCUUGCCAACCUGGAUUUACAGGGACUUACUGCCAUGAGAAUAUUAACGACUGCGAGUCCUCUCCAUGUUUUAAUGGCGGCACGUGUCUGGACGGCAUCGGAUCCUUCCGGUGCCUCUGCCCUGACGGCUGGGAGGGGUCACUCUGCGAUCUGGAUGUAAACGAGUGCAUGUGUGGACCCUGUAUGAAUGACGGUCAUUGUGUGGACCUCCUGAAUGACUUUUACUGCCACUGCACAGACAACUGGAAGGGCAAAACCUGUCAGUCACGAGAGAGUCAGUGUGACUCUACUACAUGUGCUAACGGUGGAACGUGCUAUGACUAUGGAGACUCAUUCCGCUGUGUGUGUCCACCUGGCUGGGGAGGCAGCACAUGCAACUUAGCGACGAACAGGUCAUGUGACCCUCAGCCGUGCGCCAAUGGGGGAACGUGCGUGGGAAGGGGCGGGACAUUCACCUGCAUCUGCAAAGAUGGAUGGGAGGGGCCGUCUUGUACUGGAAACAUUGAUGACUGCAUUCCUCAUCCCUGUUACAACGGUGGAGUGUGUGUGGAUGGCGUAAACUGGUUCCGCUGCCAGUGUGCUCCCGGAUUUGCGGGACCUGACUGCCGUAUCAAUGUAGAUGAGUGUCAAUCCUCUCCCUGUUCUUAUGGGUCAACCUGUGUGGAUGAAAUUAACGGGUUUCACUGCCUGUGCCCCCUGGGUCGAGCCGGGCCUCAUUGUCAGGAGUUUAUUGGGGUUGGUAAGGUGUGUUGGCGCUCUGGAAUUUUAGCGCCUCAUGGUAGUCAUUGGGAAGAGGAGUGCAACAGUUGUCAGUGUGUGAAUGGACACACCAAGUGUACCAAGGUGCACUGCGGUGGCCGUCCCUGUCUGAUCCACACAAGCCCUUUUGAACCAUCUGUACCCUAUGUAUGUCCUGGAGGACAGGAAUGCACAGAGGAUCGCUUCCUUUCUUGUCUCCGCCCACCUUGCCAUCAUUGGGGGAUGUGCUCUGAUCCGGAUCCUCCACCAAUCAACAUCCCCUGCCAGCCUAACAGUCAUUACCUAGACAACAACUGUGCACGUGUUACCCUCAUAUUUGAUACGGAUAGUGUGCCUCCGGGAACAACUGUUGAGGGCAUCUGUUCCGAACUAAGAUACCUCCCAAGUACUCGCACCCUUGCCAAAGACCACCCCCUCUUUAUUCUUUGUGACCAAUCACAUUCUGGGCACAAUGCAGUGGAGGUUGCCAUGUCAUUUCAACAGAGUCCAGCAGACAAGGAGGCAGGUCAAAUACAGGAAGUAGUAAGCAACGUUAUUGGUGCACUGUCCAGACGUCACAACAGCACGCUGCUAUUGGCUAUCCGAGAGGUCAAAGUUGAAUCAAAGGCCAAGCCCUCUUCACUCGAUUACCUGGUUCCACUGCUAUGCGUGUUGUUUGCUGCACUGUGGAUCGUCUGCGCCGUGGUGUGUGCGUGGUGGUUCCGAAAGCGCUGGAAAGCCAGGAAGAGGGCGGCGGCUGCUGCCACGGCGACAAACGAGGGUGCCAACAACCAGAGAGGGGCACUUCUGGGCCCCCAGCCCACUCGCUACAGCGAUGCAAACUCGCGGCAGGAAAGCAAGGGCCCAACGUACCCCCUAGACCGGGUGGGAGAUGGAGCAGAGAUGGAGGAAGAGGAGGAGGAGGAGGAGGAAGAGGGAGGGGAGGAGAGGCUGCGAGGCCUGGUGGUGGACAAGUGCCCUGCACUGAAGUAUGCUAAAGGGGAGGUAGUGUACAGCAUUUACAGUGCAGCCCAGAAACAUCCGUCAAGGACACACUAUAGCGCCAAGGACAACCUGUGGAAAAAUGUGAACAAGGAAGAACAGGUGAAAGAUCACUAUGUAUGAGCAAAGUGGCCAAACUUCUUCCCCCCCCCCUCUCUGUCUGAAAGCAGAGCCAUCCAGAAAUGUUGUUUCUGCUCAUUUUAUUCCUGUUUACAUUUGUCCUUUGGUUUCUGUAAAAAAAAAAUGCCAGGAUGAUGCAGUGAGACACUUGACCCUCGCGGUUGAAUAUGAAUCCACAGAAUGCAGCUUUGAUUCACUUCUCAUUUGUGCCCGGACCUGCCUUAAUCCGAGCAUCAUGCUUGGUUGAAGAGUCAUUAGCAGCUCUCGAGUUUCUGAGUUUCUUCUCAAGGAACGCUAUUCAGCGUGCACUUCUGUCACAUUCUUGAAUGCAGUAAAGCAAUUCUAUCAGAAAUGGUUAGAUGAGUAAUGAAUGGUUUGAGGGAAUAUGUUGGUUUUUGUUUUUUUUUUGGUUUUUUUUUCAUCCAGAAAUUUCAGCAGCAUCUUGAAAGCUCUCUGUGGGAGUCUGGUCAGGCCGUUGUUCCGAACAUUUUCCUGACACUCUUCUUUAAGGAUCUCUUUGCAGAGAUAUUCUACGUUGGAAAAAGGCAAGAAAUGUACAUAUGUAAAUAGAGAAAAGAUAUAGCUGUGUAUAUUUGAGUUUAGUAACUUAAGAGACUUUUUUUAUUAUUAUUUCUAUUAAUAUUUCUGUAAUGUUUUUAUUUUGUUAAAUAUUUUUGUUUCUCUUUUUAUGAUGUCAUUCCUUUUUAUUUAUGUUGGUCAAAAAUCUUUAUAUUUACAUAUGUUAUGUAAAUAGUUACAUAUGUUAUGGGCCAGAAGACAACUCUCACUGUAGCCUACCCACUGGAACACUCGUAGUAUCACGGCCUUUCUGUAUAUAUUUAUGUAUGUUUGUUUUGCUCUAAAGUCUGAGUAUUGUCAACAUGCUUAAUAGACUAAUGUCUGUUACGUUUUUGAAAUUCACAAUUUUGAUACAAAACUUCGAAAAGUAUCUAUUUGAUGCAGGGUGUCAUAAAAUGAGCUGCUGAGACUACACACAGAGACACGCACACGUAAAUGCAGUACAGGGACUUGCAAACACCAUUUUUCAGUGGAAGUUGUUACAACCGUUCCACUCCAGCUGUAACAGAAAUAAAGACAUAUUUGAGAAUCACAAA